CGCGGCUAAAGCGCUCAGAUGGCCUGUGGGCGCCGCCGAGUACGCGGCACCAGCCCAGGCAUACCGGGGAAGCCUAGAGGCCAGGCGGAGAGGGACCAGGGCAGGUCAGCGCCAGAGAAGCCCGAAAAGACCCGCGGCACGGAAGCACCUCGCAGGGCCGCCCCAGCCUCGUCUUCAAACUCAGUCGGUCAUCCUUCGGGCACGGGCCCUCUGGGACCCCGGGAGCUGCUGAGCUGGGGGGGCGCUCGAGCUGCGAGGAUCCGGGCUGCCCGCCGGACGAGCAGCGGGCGCCCAGGAUGGGGUGCAUGAAGUCCAAGUUCCUUCGAGACAGAGGCAAAGUCUCAAAAACUGAGCCCAGUGCCAACCCACACAGCCCCGUGUAUGUGCCGGAUCCCACGUCCGCAGGCAAGCGGCGACCUGACAACAACAACGGCAACCCUCCAGGGUCCACGGAGGCAGGUUCUGAGGACAUCAUUGUCGUUGCCCUGUAUGAUUAUGAGGCCAUUCACCACGAAGAUCUCAGUUUCCAGAAGGGGGACCAGAUGGUGGUCCUGGAGGAGUCUGGGGAAUGGUGGAGGGCUCGGUCCCUGGCUACCCGGAAAGAGGGCUACAUCCCAAGCAACUACGUCGCCCGCGUUGACUCUCUGGAGACAGAGGAGUGGUUCUUUAAGGGCAUCAGCCGGAAGGAUGCAGAGCGCCAACUGCUGGCCCCGGGCAACGUGCUGGGUUCCUUCAUGAUCAGGGACAGCGAGACCACCAAAGGGAGCUACUCUUUGUCCGUGCGAGACUAUGACCCCCAGCAAAGGGACGCAGUGAAACAUUACAAGAUCCGGACCCUGGAUAAUGGGGGCUUCUACAUCUCCCCACGGAGCACCUUCAGCACCCUGCAGGAGUUGGUGGCCCACUACAAGAAAGGGAGCGAUGGACUCUGCCAGAAGCUUACAGUGCCCUGCGUGUCCCCCAAGCCCCAGAAGCCGUGGGAGAAAGACGCCUGGGAGAUUCCCCGGGAAUCCCUCAAGCUGGAGAAGAAGCUUGGAGCUGGGCAGUUUGGGGAAGUCUGGAUGGCCACCUACAACAAGCACACCAAGGUGGCCGUGAAGACGAUGAAGCCGGGGAGCAUGUCUGUGGAGGCCUUCCUAGCAGAGGCGAACCUGAUGAAGACUCUGCAGCAUGACAAGCUGGUGAAGCUGCAUGCAGUGGUCACGGAGGAGCCCAUCUACAUCAUCACGGAGUUCAUGGCCAAAGGAAGCCUGCUGGACUUCCUGAAAAGCGAAGAAGGCAGCAAGCAGCCAUUGCCAAAACUCAUCGACUUCUCAGCCCAGAUUGCGGAGGGCAUGGCCUUCAUCGAGCAGAGGAACUACAUUCACCGAGAUCUCCGGGCUGCCAACAUCUUGGUCUCUGCGUCCCUGGUGUGUAAGAUUGCCGACUUCGGCCUGGCGCGGAUCAUUGAGGAUAACGAGUACACGGCUCGGGAAGGGGCCAAGUUCCCCAUCAAGUGGACAGCUCCUGAAGCCAUUAACUUUGGCUCUUUCACCAUCAAGUCGGAUGUCUGGUCCUUUGGUAUCCUGCUGAUGGAGAUCGUCACCUAUGGCCGGAUCCCAUACCCAGGAAUGUCAAACCCUGAGGUGAUCCGGGUACUGGAGCGUGGGUACCGGAUGCCCCGGCCAGAGCACUGCCCUGAGGAGCUCUACAACAUCAUGACUCGUUGCUGGAAGAACCGCCCUGAGGAGCGGCCCACCUUCGAAUACAUCCAGAGUGUGCUCGAUGACUUCUACACAGCCACAGAGAGUCAGUACCAACAGCAGCCAUGACGGGUGGGACCAGACGCUUAGGAGAUGCCUGUGAGGUAGCUCCAGCACCAUCUGCCUGGUGCCCACUCACCCUUCCUACUCCCAGACACCCACCCUCGCUCCAGCCAUGGUUCCUCACCUGUCAAGUGGGUGGGUUGAACUGGACAAUCUUUUUGACUCUAGCGAUACACAAUCUGUUUUUUUUCAGGAGACCCCAAAUUGAUAUUUCGAUUGCCUGGGACAGUUGGAUUCCCCUUACAGCUGUGGUUUGGAUAGGAAACUUUAAAAGUAAUGAAAUAAAUAUUUAAAAGAAAGACACAAAUGCUAAAGGCUUUCCUGACAGCUCAGCGUUUCUUCCAGUUCCUGACUAUCUACUUGCCUUUUUGCUGGAUGGCGCGUCAGAAAGGGGGAAGGCCCCUCCCCGAGGCCAACAGAGCAAAGAGAAGUGCGGUUCAAUACUCAGUUUUCUAACUGCCCCCAAGUAGUUGCUGUGUUAGUUUCCUAUCGCUGCUGUGCCAAAUUACCACAAACUUGGUGGCUUAAAAUGACACGGAUUUGUUAUCUUACAGUUCCAGAAGUCAGAAGUCUGAAGUGGGCGGGCAGGGCUGCAUUCCUUCUGGAGGCUCUAGAGGAGAAACCACUUCCUUGGCUUUUCCAGCUGCCACAUUCCUUGGCUUGUGGUUCCUUGCCUUCAGUCAUCACACCUCCUUCUCUGACUCUGAGUCUGCUGCCUCCCUCUUUCACUUGUGAGGGCCCCUGUGCUUACACUGGACCCACCUGGAUAAUCCAGAGUAAUCUUCCAGCUCAAGAUCCUUAAUCACAUCUGUAAGGUCCCUUUUGCCAUGUAAGGUAACAUCUGCACAAGAUCUGUGGAUUAGGAUGUGGACAUCUUUUUUUUGGGGGGUGGGGGCAUCAUUCUGCCUAUCAUCCUGGUGCUGGGAUGCUGGAUGGGUUUCUGUGUCUAAGGAUCUGGGUCUGCCAGGAUGAAAGGAAUGAUUCUUCACGAUCUGGGACCCUGACUUUCCUUCCAAGUCACAUUGCUAUGUGAGCUGGUUGGUCUGUGUGUCCCCCAGUGCGGGGGGCAGUUCCCAUGGCCAAGAAGCCAUCACGGUUGAUCAUAUUGUGUCCACCAAUGCAGGAAUCCUGGGGUCUGGACAUGUGAUUCCUGAGAGGUAUCUGAUACCCUGUAUGGGACGCUCUCAGCGGAGGGGAAGGAGACAUGGGAAGGAAGCAGAGAAGACAAUGAGGCAGUGGGCCUUUCCUGCAUGUUGUCUCA